GCGUGGCGCCCUCCGCCGCGCCUCCCUGCGCCGCGCGUCUCCUCCCGGCCGCCGCCGCCGGCCGCUACCUUCCCCGCCGUCCAUGUCUCUGCCCGUGGUGCUCCCGGGCUCCUGCUGCCCCGUGGCGGGGCUUUCCGGGGGGCCGCAGGUCGGGGGCCCGAGCGCCUCCGCUGCGGCCGCCCAAGAGCCGCCGCUGCCCCCGCUGCGGCCACGCUGGCCCCGCGGCGCGCUGCAGCCCCCGGCCCGGCCUCGCUGCGCGGCCCCCGCCGCCGCCCCCGGGGUGCUGGGCGCGCCGCCCGCGCUCUCUGCCCGCCGGGCUGCAGCCGCCGCUGCCGCGGCCCCGGGCUCCGCGCUGCUGCCCGCCCGCCCGCUGCUGUCGCUCGGGCUGUUGCAGCUGAUCCUCGGCUGCUGCAUGGUGGCGCUCAGCUUCGGGGCGCUGUCGCUGAGCAGCUCUCCGCAGGUGAAGAACUCCUGUCCGUUCUGGGCCGGCUCCUCGGUGAUACUCUCUGGAAUCAUAGGAUUAACAACUUGGAAAAGGCCCAUGAUACUGCUGGUCAACCUCUUUGUGCUGCUCUCUGUGGUUUGCGUCCUCCUGAAUCUCGCAGGGUUCAUCCUGGGCUGCCAGGGGGCCCAGUUUGUGUCCAGUGUGCCCCGGUGUGACCUGGUGGACUUAGGUGAAGGCAAGAUUUGCUUCUGUUGUGAAGAAUUUCAACCUGCCAAAUGCACAGACAAAGAAAAUGCCUUGAAACUCUUUCCCGUUCAGCCUUGUAGUGCUGUUCACCUUCUCCUUAAGAAAGUCCUCUUCGCCCUGUGUGCCUUGAAUGCCCUGACCACCACUGUCUGCCUGGUGGCUGCCGCCCUUCGCUACCUCCAGAUAUUCACCACCCGCAGGUCGUGCAUCGAUGAAUCCCAGAUCUCUGUGGAAGAAGUGGAGGACCAUGGACGCAUCCCAGACCCUGAGGACUUCAUACCACCGGUGCCUCCCCCGUCCUACUUCGCCACGUUUUACUCGUGCACGCCCCGGAUGAGCCGCAGGAUGGUUGGUCCUGAUGUGAUUCCACUGCCACAUAUUUAUGGCGCUCGGAUCAAAGGAGUAGAAGUGUUCUGUCCGCUGGACCCGCCGCCUCCGUAUGAAGCUGUAGUGAGCCAGGUGGAUCAGGAGCAGGGGUCUUCAUGCCAAGUGCCAGAGGUAUCAGAAGCUGCUGCUAGCCCCUUGGAGCCAGUUUGUAUGCAAGUGACUCAAGGUGGGGACAUUCCUAACACACCUGGAGAAGAAAGCACCUCCAUACCAACUCCCAGCUUAAACCCAGCGCAUCCCCCUGGAGCCCGGAGAGUGCUCCCACCUCUAAGGACAAGAUCGAAGAGUGACCCUGUGCUCCACCAUUCCGAGGAAAGAGCCACCCCAGUGCUCAGCUGUGAAGCUGCCACGCAGACCGAAAGGAGGCUGGACCUGGCUGCCGUGACCCUGAGGCGGGGGUUGAGACCGAGAGCCUCGCGAUGCCGGCCCCGGUCUUUGAUAGAUUAUAGAUCUUACAUAGACACCAAGCUGCUGGUGGCCAGGUUCCUGGAGCAGUCCUCCUGCAGCAUGGCCCCUGACAUCCACGAACUUGUGGAGAACAUUAAGUCUGUUCUGAAAUCCGAUGAGGAGCACAUGGAGGAAGCCAUCACCAGUGCCAGUUUCCUUGAACAGGUAAUGGCUCCAUCGCAGCCUGGCUUUUCCCAGACCCCCGUGCCGCCCUCGCCCUCGAGAAUCCAGCCUGGCCUGCUGCACCUGCGUAGCUGCGGGGACCUGAGCACCUUUGCCUUGCCCAUGGGGAGGCCCAGGACCAGCAGGAGGCCCCGGCGAGCCGAGGCUGAGCGACCACACAGCCUCAUUGGUGUCAUCCGAGAGACAGUCCUGUGAACCAGAGCAGAUGAAGCCACUCCAAGGACAAAGAUGCCCCCUUCCCUGCUGAUUAUGGGCUGGGAGCUAGGGUCACCCUCUGGGAGCCCCUUAAAAAUAGGGGCAGUCUGAAGCCCGUCUGUUCCUACUCUGGUUCCCCUUUUGUGUACAGAGGGACUCGAGAGUGAACCAGCAGGUUCUCCCAGGCAUCUUGGCUUCUGGAUGCACUGGGCUGGAGGUGAAGACAGCGAGUGAACUCUGUUCCUCUCAGCAUUUUCACGGCAUUCCUGAGGGUCAUGUGCCUCGGUGUGGGCAAAACUGGGCCAGUGGCUCUGUGCUCACCUCGCCUCUCCGUCUCUCCUCAUCUCCAGGUUCUUUCCCUCUCGGAAGGACAGAGCACGGGGCUGCUAUUUAUAGACGCCCCAGGCCUCUCACUGCUCAGCGAGAGGGGAUCUGGCAGGAGAUGUGAUGAUCAAUCCUCAGGCCUCGUUUUAGGUUCCCCUCCAAUCACACUCUUUAGGAAAAGAAGGAAAUUUUUUUCAGUGUCAACUUUUAAUGAAGGACAUUUAGGGAGAGGGUUAUUGUUAAUUCCAUGUAUUUGUGCUUGCAGAACUAGAACACGUAAGGCAGAUGGAGAAUAAAAGUGUUUCCUUUGACCUCUGG